AUGGUUUUCAAGGGCGUCAGUCAUAAUUGCUUGUUUGUGUUCGUCGAUGCUGCCGUGAGAAUAGUUGAACUCCCGAAGAUUGCAGCAACUGAUUCUCUACUUUUAGAUGGGUACAACAAGAAUCAGAAUCAAGAAGAUUUGGAAACUGGAGGAGCUGAGAAGAGGAAACUGGAGCAGCUUUCAUCAGAUGGAGAAAAGAGUCGGAAGAAACCAAAAGUUGAUGAUCUCAGUCAGUCUGCUGGGACUGCUACUGAACUCUCACCAAGAGAAAAACAAGACGAACCUCUUACGGAAGCAAAAGAAAAAGGUGGUGAAAAAUCACUUGAAGAUGUAAUAAGAGAUAAUAUUGAAUCAUCAGAUAAUCUCGUGAGCCACACGGAAAAUCAUUUGGACAUCACUAACAGUGGCUUGACAACGAGACCUGAUACCGAGAAGAAGAAAAAGAAGCGAAAGAAGAGAUCAAAAGAUGACAUAAAUCAAUCCUCUGCUACUACAUCAUCAAGAGAUGCCACCGUGAAUGAGAUAGAUGGAGGAGUUCCUGCAAAUGUUGAUGCUUCUCCUCACUCUCUUCCAAGCUCUAAUCUUGAUCAUUCUUCUUCUGCAGAAGCAAGGCAGAAAGAAAAUGACAUGGUUGAGAAUGUUGUUGAAGAUGUGGGUAGAGAUAAAACUGAGACUGACAAUCUCAUGGAAAGUCAUUUGGACACUAGCAGUGGGUUAACAGCCAGACCAGAUACAGAGAAAAAUAAGAGCACAUCUAAAGAUGACGUCAAUCAAUCUCUAGCUGCGGCUGCUGCUCUUACAACCUCAAGAGAUAUCGUCAAUGAAAUUAAUAGAGUUCCUGCAAAUGUCGAUUACGUUGAUGAUAGUUUUGAAUCUCUUCUAGUACCUAGAGAAGAAAAUCCUUUUGUAGAAGCAGCAAGUCAAAAAGGUAAUUUCAAAAAUGAGAUAUUUGUUGAAGAUGUGGGAAGAAAUAACAUUGAACCAAACAGUGUGGGGUUGAUGGCAACCAGGCCAGAUAAGAGCUCAAAAGAUGACAUCAAUCAGUCUUUUCCUGCCGCUACAGGUUCAAAAGGUCUUGUGACUGAGAUAAAUGGAGUUGCUGGAAACGAAGAUCCUGUUGGUGGUGCUACUCUUAUUUCUCUUUCCAUCUCAACAAGAAGAGAAAAUCUAGGCACUCCUUAUGCAUAA